UCUAGCGGCUGGACCAGAGGGCAGCCAGUGGCACAAUGCUGCGUCUGCUGGUGUCCGGCUCUGCUCGUGGCCUGGCGGCCCGCGUGGGCGUGCGUCCGGCCGUGGGGCUCUGCCCCCCGGGGCACAGCCCCAGCCGCUGGGCUUCCGAUGUCCCCCGGAACCAGCCCCUCAGCUCAGAGUUCGUGGCCCGCUCGGUGGGCGUCUGCUCCAUGAUGAGGCUGCCCCUGCAGGCCUCUCCGGAGGGGCUGGACGCCGCCUUCGUUGGGGUGCCCCUGGACAUCGGGACCUCCAACCGGCCGGGGGCGAGAUUCGGACCGCGACGCAUCCGGGAGGAAUCCGUGCUGCUGCGGGCGGUGAACCCCAGCACCGGCGCUGUCCCCUUCCAGUCCCUCAUGGUUGCAGACCUGGGCGACGUGAAUGUCAAUCUUUACAACCUCCAGGACAGCUGCCGGCUGAUUCGAGAAGCCUAUCAGAAAAUUGUGGCGGCUGGCUGUGUUCCUCUGACCCUGGGUGGAGAUCACACAAUCACAUAUCCCAUUUUGCAAGCGGUGGCAAAACAGCAUGGCCCCGUGGGGCUGCUGCACGUGGAUGCUCACACGGACACAGCUGACAAGGCCCUGGGGGAGAAGCUGUACCACGGGACGCCGUUCCGCCGGUGUGUGGAUGAGGGGCUCCUGGACUGCAAGCGCGUGGUGCAGAUCGGCAUCCGGGGCUCGGCCAUGACCUUGGAUCCCUACAGAUACAACCGGAGCCAGGGCUUCCGGGUAGUCCUGGCUGAAGACUGCUGGAUGAAGUCGCUGGUCCCUCUGAUGGCCGAGGUCAGGCAGCAGAUGGGUGGCAAACCCAUGUACCUCAGCUUCGACAUCGAUGCCUUGGAUCCCGCCUACGCCCCAGGGACCGGGACGCCGGAAAUUGCGGGCCUCACCCCCAGCCAGGCUCUGGAGAUCAUCCGGGGCUGCCAAGGCCUGAACGUGGUGGGCUGUGACCUGGUGGAGGUGUCCCCGCCGUACGACCUUUCUGGAAACACAGCGCUCCUGGCGGCCAACCUGCUGUUUGAGAUGCUGUGUGCCCUCCCCAAAGUGACAGCCGUCUGAGUCUCGUGCUCUUCCAGACAAAACAGCCUGGGCGGCUGACAAGUCCCCAACAAUUUAUGAGCGAGCAGCCUGAGUUUACGGCGGUGGCCGUGGCACGAUCAGGAUGUUCGGCAGGACUCGAACCAGGCGGCUCGCGUGUCCAGAGUCGCAACUGAUUUAGAAACAGAGGCCGCUUUUCUGCUCUGAACAAAGACCGGAGAGGGGAAGGGGAAGGGGACUGGAGAACUC